AAAGAGGUGUCCAGGACUAAAAGCAUAAGAAUAAAAAAAGCGAACAGAUGUAGUUUUGAACAAAGCAUAAGUCUUGUGUUCCUCAAAUUCCACAUAUACUUCCUUUCUUCUACUUCACCGCCCUGCAACUUCUCCCAUGUGAUAACAGAAUCCUUUUUACAGUAAAAGGAAACUUUUUUACAAAUCUUGAAAUUGUCUACUGUUUUGGGUUCUAUUUUUAGACAGAGUUGACUUGGGAACUGAAAUGGGUAUUGCUUGAAUUAACCAUUAAUUGGUUAAGAAAUGAAGAACACUACGAAUUGGAAAAGCAGAGGAGCUGAAUCAGUUGUAAAAGGUGUUUUUUCACCGAAAUUGACUAUUCUUCUAUGUAUUGGAUGCUUCUGUGUAGGAAUGCUCUUCACUGACAGGAUGUGGACAGUGCCAGAAGCUAAAGGGAUAUCAAGGACAAGACAGAUUGAUGAGCAAAAGCUAGGGGUAAUCUCUGAGGACUGUGAUCCCACAACUAAGGGUGUCAAAAGUGAAACCAAGGAUAUUUUCGGGCAAGUUUCGAAAACACAUCAUGCGAUACAAACACUGGAUAAAACAAUUUCAAACCUAGAGAUGGAACUAGCUGCAGCAAGGUCUUUGCAAGAUUCUAUACUGAGUGGCUCUCCCAUAACCGAAGACGUGAAGAUUCCCGAAUUGACCAAGAAGAGAAAAUAUCUCAUGGUCAUAGGGAUAAACACUGCCUUCAACAGCCGAAAGAGAAGAGACUCGGUUCGAACUACCUGGAUGCCACAAGGUGAUAAGCGAAAGAAGCUAGAGGAAGAAAAGGGUAUUGUAAUUCGUUUUGUGAUCGGUCACAGUGCAACAUCAGGUGGCAUUCUUGAUAGAGCAAUUGAAGCAGAAGACAAGAAGCAUGGAGAUUUCUUGAGGCUGGAACAUGUUGAGGGAUAUCUUGAACUAUCUGCCAAGACAAAGACCUAUUUUACUACUGCUGUUGCUCUGUGGGAUGCAGAUUUCUAUGUUAAAGUUGAUGAUGAUGUACAUGUAAAUAUAGGUGCACUCGGAGCAACUCUAGCUAGGCAUCGUUCAAAACCCAGGGUAUAUAUUGGUUGCAUGAAAUCUGGUCCUGUCCUUGCUCAGAAGGGAGUGAGAUAUCAUGAGCCUGAGCAUUGGAAAUUUGGUGAGGACGGAAACAGAUAUUUUCGGCAUGCAACAGGGCAGCUAUAUGCCAUUUCAAAAGAUUUGGCCACUUAUAUAUCUAUAAAUCAACAUGUUCUGCACAAGUAUGUUAACGAGGAUGUCUCACUGGGGUCAUGGCUCAUUGGAUUGGACGUGGAACAUAUAGAUGAUAGAAGAUUGUGUUGUGGAACUCCACCUGAUUGUGAGUGGAAAGCUCAAGCAGGCAACAUUUGUGUUGCUUCCUUUGAUUGGAGCUGCAGCGGGAUAUGCAGGUCCGUAGAUAGGAUUAAGGAGGUUCAUCGACGUUGUGGGGAAGGUGAGAAUGCUUUGUGGAAUGCAGUCUUUUGACAAAAAUACAGUAUUUCUCCAAUCUCUGGAGUCUCCAAAAAGAUUAUACCAACAAUCAAAAGAACCUGAUGAAUCCAAGAAUUGCGGAAACAUCAGGGUAAUAGGAUAUGAACUGUAUGUGCUUAUGUACAUGUUAGUGGGAGAGGAGAGAGAGGUUGCCACUUUAUCUGCUCUGAUUAUUAUUAGCCUAAGGACGGAGGGAUAGUAUUGUAGCAACCAACAUGUGAAGCAAAAGUGUAAACAACCAUUCUUUUUUAGAUGCUUAGAAUACGAAUUGUUAGUCUCAACUCUCGUGAGAGGAAACUAAUAAAGUGUAUACUUGCCUUUUCCUUUUAAUCAGAUACUUGCCUUUUCAGGGUA